UCAAUGGACGAGGCUAGCUAAUUUGCAUAUACCGGCAGCCAUAUUGAGUUUUGUAGUGCGUAGCCGGGCAGAUUUCAACCGAAACUUUUGAGAGAAGAGGACAGAUAAAGCUAUAAAAAUGGCACAACCAACACAGAGUCAAGAUGAGCUGUCCACAGCCAUCCUGAAACAGAAGUCCAAGCCCAACCGUCUGCUGGUGGAGGAGGCAGUCAAUGAAGACAACAGUGUCGUCUCUCUCUCACAGGAAAAGAUGGACGAGCUGCAGCUGUUCCGCGGGGACACUGUCCUGAUGAAGGGGAAGAAGCGGCGCGAGACGGUCUGCAUCGUGCUCUCCGAUGACACCUGCCCCAAGGAGAAGAUCCGCAUCAACCGCGUGGUGCGCAACAACCUGCGCGUGCGUCUGGGCGACGUGGUCAGCGUCCAGGCAUGCCCAGAUGUGAAGUACGGGAAGAGGAUCCAUGUGCUGCCCAUAGAUGACUCCGUGGAGGGCAUCACGGGGAACCUGUUUGAAGUGUACCUGAAGCCGUACUUCCUGGAGGCUUACAGACCCGUGCACAAAGGCGAUACAUUCCUGGUGCGUGCCGCUAUGCGUCCUGUGGACUUUAAGGUGGUGGAGACAGACCCGUCCAACUACUGCAUCGUGGCUCCAGACACCGUCAUCCACUGUGAGGGAGAGCCCAUUAAGAGAGAGGAUGAGGAAGAGGCGCUGAAUGAGGUUGGGUAUGAUGACAUCGGCGGUGUCCGCAAGCAGCUGGCUCAGAUUAAGGAGAUGGUGGAACUCCCACUGAGACACCCCGCUCUCUUCAAGGCUAUCGGGGUCAAGCCUCCCCGUGGUAUCCUCCUGUAUGGACCCCCUGGUGUGGGGAAGACCCUGAUCGCCAGAGCUGUGGCCAACGAGACUGGAGCUUUUUUCUUCCUCAUCAAUGGUCCAGAGAUCAUGAGCAAGCUGGCUGGAGAGUCCGAGAGCAACCUGCGUAAGGCCUUCGAGGAGGCGGAGAAGAACGCUCCGGCCAUCAUCUUCAUCGAUGAGAUUGAUGCCAUCGCUCCUAAGAGAGACAAGACCCACGGCGAGGUGGAGCGGCGUAUCGUGUCCCAGCUGUUGACCCUGAUGGACGGACUGAAGCAGCGCGCUCACGUGGUCGUCAUGGCAGCCACCAACAGACCCAACUCCAUCGACGCUGCGCUCAGGCGCUUCGGCCGUUUUGACCGUGAGGUUGACAUCGGGAUCCCCGACGCGACCGGCCGUCUGGAGAUCCUGCAGAUCCACACCAAGAACAUGAAGCUGGCCGACGAUGUGGACCUCGAACAGGUUGCAUCAGAGACCCACGGCCACGUUGGCUCCGAUCUUGCCGCCCUGUGCUCGGAGGCGGCCCUGCAGCAGAUCCGAGAGAAGAUGGACCUGAUUGAUCUGGAGGAUGAGAACAUCGAUGCUGAGGUCCUGGACUCUCUGGCUGUUACCAUGGAGAACUUCAGGUAUGCCCUAGGCCAGAGUAACCCCAGUGCCCUGCGUGAGACGGUGGUUGAGGUGCCCAACACAACAUGGGAGGAUGUUGGAGGUCUGGAUAAUGUCAAGAAGGAGCUGCAAGAGCUGGUGCAGUACCCAGUGGAACACCCUGACAAGUUCCUGAAGUUCGGAAUGACGCCGUCGCGUGGCGUGCUGUUCUACGGACCCCCUGGCUGCGGUAAGACACUCCUGGCCAAGGCCAUCGCAAAUGAGUGCCAGGCCAACUUUAUCUCCAUCAAGGGCCCCGAGCUGCUGACCAUGUGGUUUGGAGAGUCAGAGGCCAACGUCAGAGAUGUGUUCGACAAGGCCAGACAGGCGGCCCCCUGUGUGCUGUUCUUUGAUGAGUUGGAUUCCAUCGCCAAGUCUCGAGGAGGCAACGUUGGAGACGGAGGUGGCGCAGCUGACCGCGUGAUCAACCAGGUUCUGACGGAGAUGGACGGCAUGACGGACAAGAAGAACGUUUUCAUCAUCGGCGCGACCAACCGUCCGGACAUCAUCGACCCCGCCAUCCUGCGUCCGGGCCGUCUCGACCAGCUGAUCUACAUCCCACUGCCCGACGAGCCCUCGCGUAUCUCCAUCCUGAAGGCCAACCUGCGCAAGUCGCCUGUUGCAAAGGAUGUUGACCUGGGUUACCUGGCUAAGGUGACCCACGGGUUCAGCGGUGCUGACCUGACAGAGAUCUGCCAGCGGGCGUGCAAACUGGCGAUCCGAGAGGCGAUCGAGGAGGAGAUCAGGAAUGAGAAGGCCAGGAAGGACAACCCUGACCUGGAUAUGGAGGACGAUUACGAUCCGGUGCCGGAGAUCCGCAGGGACCACUUUGAGGAGUCGAUGAAGUUCGCCCGGCGAUCGGUGUCGGAUAACGACAUCCGGAAGUACGAGAUGUUCGCACAGACGCUGCAGCAGAGCAGAGGCUUCGGCGGAAACUUCAGGUUCCCAGGCCAGGCCGGUCCGAGCGGAGGCCAGGGCAGCGGCGGAACCGGCGGCGACAACCUGUAUGAGGAGGGCGACGACGACCUGUACAGUUAGACUCUUCCCAGCAUCCUUCACUCCACUACCCAGCAUUCUUCACUCCACACCCCUGCAGCAUCUGACCUACCGUAUCUGCUCAAAUAAACGCAGACCACUUAGAUAAAUACCGAGGGAGGGAUUUUUCACAGCUGUGCCAAUAUAGCAGGCAUGGGUUUGAAUCUUCACUCCUGGCAGUGUUCACUUCUGGAUGAUGUUUUUUUUUUGAGGUCGCUGUUAUUUGAGUGUAUACGGUAACCAUCCUCUAAUUUCAACUGUGCAGCAUCCGACAUACCGUAUUUACUCUAAUGAAUACAGAACACUUAAAUAAUAGCGGGAGAGGGGAUUUUUCUCUUUUACAGCCAUGCCAGUAUGACAGGCUUGGUUUGAAUCUAAAAUGUAAAAACUACUGUCAGUGUUAAUUUCUGGAUGAUAUUUUAGGUGCGCUGUUAUUGGAGUAUAUACAAUGGUAACCAUCCUUUAGUUUAAACUAUAAAGAGACAGAGUCUCCCAAAUGAAAUUUAGUAUUGUCUCAAAAAUAAGAAAUCUUCUUGAGGGAGGUUUUUCAUCUGAAGAAACUGCAUUUUUCUUGUGUGUUUCUUGCUGUUCAAAUGUUAAUGUUGCUUACAUUUGGGCCUGAGCAACUGAAUCUCUGAAAGCUCAGACAUCAACUACCUACUGUUCCUCCUUUAAAUCAUCACGUUAAACAAAAAUCCACACAGAACUGAUGUCAGAGGAUGUUGUAAGUAGAUGCUGUUCAGCACUUUAAAAACCUGUGGUGCAAAAUGUUGGGAUUUAAAGUAGGGAAAAACCAGGGGAAAAUGGUUCCAGGGGAGACAAAUUGUAGUGAGUUUUGCACAAGAUGUGUAUCGUUGAGGGGAAUGUAUUUGUAGAAGGGGUUUAAGUAUUUAAAGAAUGAUAACGUAGUUUACAAUUUAAGGGGUAAAAACUGUGAUGAGGAUUGUGAUAAAAAGAACUGCUUCGAGGUAUUAUUAUUAUACAUUUGUUUCAGAGCAGAAUUAAACUUGAAGAUAAAAAUACAAUUCUAUGUGAUAUUAUUACCGCAACUUGUACUUUCUGUUUGUCUUUUCCUUGUGAAGCAAAGUAGAAUAAGGAAAAUGAAGCAUAUCUCAUUUCGUAUGAUGGUAGAUAAUAUGUGAAUGCUAGAUUUGUGGAUUUCUACUGUUAAACUCUCUUUUGUGUAGCAAAAUUUGGCUACAGUCAGUGUCUACAUUCUGUUGAAGACCUGUGCAAAGUUACUAUCGCCUUAUACAUGUAUGUAUAGAACUACUAUGGAUGUUCUCUUAUCAGAAACUUGAAAUGUACCAAAUAUGAAACCAA